AUGUCAACUAAAUCACAAGGUAUUCAGCCACGAUCAUUAACACAAGAAAUUAAAUUAAACAAUAAACGAGAUCAACGGCAAAUCUUUUCCAAGUAUCUUUCAUCGAUUCCAACGCAAGCUGAACUAAACUCAAAAUUAGAUUCAAAUCAUAGUUAUAGCAAACGUUUCAAGACAUUAAUUAUCAUUUACAGCACAAUUAUUUCUUCAUUUAUCUUCGUAGCAAUCGCCAUUUCGAUCUAUUUACUUAUUCAUGUUAUGGAAACAACGAUAAUUGGCACAACAAUUUCGAAUCCAUUGCAUACUUCUUAUCAUGUAACAUUAGAUUCAAGUGAUUCACUCUAUAUUAGUGAUUCUGAUAAUCAUCGAGUUCAAAAAUAUUUGAAAGGUGCAUCGUCAGAAACACAAAUAGCUGGUUCAACUGAUCAAUCAAAAGGGAAAACUGUUGCAAGUGUUACAGGUACAAGUAGUAAUAGUGCUAAUCUACUGAAUACUCCAUUUUCGGUUGCACUUGACACUCAACGAAAUUUAUAUGUCGCAGACAUGGCUAAUAGUAGAAUACAACAAUUCAUAUGA